CCGGGAGCGGCGACGGACGCGCGGCUCCCACCCCCUCCCCUCACGGGCUGUCCCCUCCCUGGUGGUGGCAGCGGCCGUACCCUUUGCGAGGCGAUGGCCCGGGCCCCGAGCACGGGCUAGCGUGCUUGGGUGCCCGGCCAUGGGCUGUAUCGGCUCCCGGAGCCCGGCGGGUCAGGCAUUUCUGGGGACCACCAGCUGGCUGAGGCUCAGGGACAGAGACGGCUGCUCCAGCUAAAGUGUCCUCGGACCCCGCGUGGGCUGUCGAGUGGAUUGAACUUCCUCGUGGCAUUUCUCUAUCCUCUUUGGGAUCUGCUCGGACCCUCCGAGGCUGGAGCCGGUCCUCUCGUCCUUCCUCGGUGGACAGCCAGGACUUGCCAGAGGUGAAUGUUGGAGACACAAUCGCGAUGCUGCCCAAGUCCCGGAGAGCCCUAACCAUCCAGGAGAUUGCUGCGCUGGCCAGAUCCUCCCUGCAUGGCAUUUCCCAGGUGGUGAAGGAUCACGUGACCAAGCCUACAGCCAUGGCCCAGGGCCGGGUGGCUCACCUCAUUGAGUGGAAGGGCUGGAGUAAGCCAAGUGACUCACCUGCUGCCCUGGAAUCCGCCUUUUCCUCCUAUUCAGACCUCAGUGAGGGUGAACAAGAGGCUCGCUUUGCAGCAGGAGUGGCAGAGCAGUUUGCUAUCGCAGAAGCCAAGCUCCGGGCAUGGUCUUCAGUGGAUGGUGACGACUCCACUGACGACUCCUAUGACGAGGACUUUGCUGGAGGAACUGACACAGACAUGGCCGGGCAGUUGCCUCUGGGGCCCCACUUCCAGGAUCUCUUCACCGGCCGAAGAUUCUCCCGGCCUGUGCGCCAGGGCUCUGUGGAGCCUGAGAGCGACUGCUCGCAGACCGUGUCCCCAGACACCCUGUGCUCUAGUCUGUGCAGCCUGGAGGAUGGGUUGCUGGGCUCCCCAGCCCGCCUGACCUCCCAGCUGCUGGGUGAUGAGCUGCUCCUCGCCAAACUGCCCCCCAGCCGGGAAAGUGCCUUUCACAGCCUGGGCCCGUUGGAGGCCCAGGACUCGCUCUACAACUCGCCCCUCACGGAGUCCUGCCUUUCCCCUGCCGAAGAGGAGCCAGACCCUUGCAAGGACUGCCAGCCGCUUUGCCCACUACCAGUGGGCAGCUGGGAACGGCAGCGACAAGCCUCUGACAUGGCCUCUUCUGGGGUGGUGUCCUUAGAUGAGGAUGAGGCAGAGCCAGAGGAACAGUGACUCAAAUCAUGCCUGGUGGUGGCAUGUGUCCCCUGGCUGCUGCUGGGGGCAGAGCCUCCAUGCCCAAGUGUUGGGUUCAAGGCUCUCAGCAAGCUCCUCAGCCUAGAGGGCUACUGGGAGUCCUCACUUGUCCGUUGUGUGUUUUGCAUGAAAGUGUUUGGAGAGGAGCCAGGGGCCGGGCUGGGGGCGCAUGUCCUGCCCCCACUCCUGGGGUUUGCCGGGGGUUGCCCGGGGCCCCUGGGGCAUGGCUACAGCUGUGGCAGACAGUGAUGUUCAUGUUCUCAAAUCCAAAAUGCCACAUUUUCUCCUCGGAUGAUGUGAACCCCUGAGGGGGUUUUUCUGGGCUGUGGGAUGGACUGGGAGGGAGCCUGGCCACCUCCUCUGCCCUCCCCAUGCCUCUCUCUGCUUCUCUCCUCACCUCCGAGUCCAUGUGCAGUGCUUGAUAGAAUCACCUCCACCUGGGGGGCUGGCUCCUGUGGAUUGAGCCACCCCCUAAGGACCCCUUGCCCAGCUGGGCACGUGCUGUGCUUCACCUCUCCAUUGUCUCUAAAUCUUCUUCUUUUUCCCUAAAGACAGAGGGUUUCUGGUCUGUUUUUUCAGUCGGAUCUUCUCUGGGAGGCACUGGAACAAUGGAAGCAUGUACCCUUUUCCUGCCCCCCCUUCCCAUGAGGCCUGGGCCCUUUCCCAGCCUUCCAAGGAUGUGUGGGCACUUGGAGUUCUCUUGAGGGUGGAGCUGGAAGAAAGGGUUGCUCUGGUUGUUAAAGCUGUGACUUCGAUGUUCUUCCAGAGAGGGCCACAAGGGGGCCACAGGGGUGCCAGGAAUAUGUCAGCUGAUGCCUGAUGGUCAUGAGGGAGUGCCUCUCCUAGGGGAGGAAAGGGUAGUGCCUUUCUUGGCUGAGUGAAAGGCCACAGUUACAGUACCAGGGACCCUGCCCCAGCCAGGGUGUUGAUGACCCAGCAUGGAGAUCUUUGGCAGAUCCUGUAUUCCAAGGACACUGGAGUCCAGACUUUUAUGGCUGUGGGGAGGGUAGGUGACUGCAGAAUUAAGAGCCUUAUAGGCUUUGGCAGGUAAGAGGACCCAAGGUAAGAACAAGAGCCAAUGGGCACAAACAUUCUAUAUAUAAGUGGCUCAUUAG